AUGAACCUUUUUAGUUUAAUGUUAUUAUUUGCUUCAUUUGUAAAAAGUCAAAUUGUUAAUACUACCUGUGGAAUACCAUUUUGUGUUUAUUGUCCAGAAUAUUAUAAUGAUAAAUAUGAAUGUUCCUUAUGUUUGCCACAAUAUAUUCUUAUUGAAGCUGAAUGUAUUUAUUUUAAAAAUUUAUAUUCAAAUUGUGUGGAAAUUGAUACAAGUGGUAAGUGUAUUGCAUGUCAUUAUGGGUAUCAUCUUGUUGGUGAUAAUUGUUUAAUUCUUAUUUCAAUAGGAAAUAGUAGUGGAUGUAUUUCAUAUAAAAAUGAUACUUGUGUAUCAUGUCCACCAGGAACAAGACUUGAUAAUUCAAAUAAUUGUAUUCCUUGUGAAAAAGGUUGCAACGAAUGCUCUGAAGAUAAUAAUUGUUAUUCUUGUCAUUCAAGUUAUUAUCUACUCAAUGGAAGGUGUGAAAAAUAUACACCUCAUUGUUCAAAAUAUGUAUUGGAUAAACCUCUUUGUGAGUCAUGUGAUAUUGGAUUUACACUCAAUCCUUCUACUCAUCAAUGUGAUGUGAUUGUAAUUCAAAAUUGUCUUAUUCAAAAUGAUUUUGGUGAAUGUGAAGUUUGUUAUGGAAAUUUAAUACCAUCUCAAGAUGGUCAUAGAUGUCUUCAUGGAACAUUAAUAGAAGGUUGUUCAAUUUAUUCGUCUGAAAUGUCAUGUCGUGUUUGUUCUUCUGGAUAUUUUCUUAAUGAAACUAAAGGAUGUUCAAAAUGUCCAGAUAAUUGUAAAAAAUGUAAUUCAAAUGGAAAGUGUUCAGAAUGUGAUUCUGGAUAUUAUGUUUCUCCAAAUAAAACAUGUUUAAUAUGUUCUAAAGAAGAAACAACAAUUUGUAAUUCAACAACAUCUCUUCAAGCAUGUAAUACAUGUAAUAAUUAUUGUAUGUUUGAUGACUCAUCUAAUACUUGUAGAGAAAGUCAUUGUGUUAAUUAUUUUAAUGGAACAGAAUUUUGUAGUGAAUGUGAAGAAAAUUAUAUUUUUGAAAGUAAUGGAAAAUUUUGUUUUAAACCAGAAUCUUCAUGUAAAUCAUUUCAGUCUUCAGAAACUGGUAUUAUUCAAUGUGUUGAAUGUCAUAAUGGAUAUUACUUAACAGAUAAUUAUGAGUGUAAACAAUGUGACAAACAAUGUAAAACGUGUAUUUCUUCUUCAGAACAAUGUUUAGAAUGUUCGUUACUUAACGCAAAUUUAGAAAAUAAUUGUGUGGAAUGUAAAAUAUCUAAUUGUUUUCAAUGUAGAGUCAACCCAAAUGAAUGUGAAGAAUGUUAUGAAGGAUAUCAACUCGUUGAUGGUGAAUGUGUUGAUUGUACAUUAACUGAUGAUAUUGGAAAUUGCUUAUUAUGUCUUGCAAAAUCAUCGUCUUUACUUUAUCAAUUACCUAAUGAAGAAGGAAAUUGUUAUUUCUAUUAUCCAAACUCGGGAAUAUUCAUUUCAAUAACUCUAGUGGCUAUUUUUUCUCUAUUCCUUGUACUUUAA